GCUUCCUGGCAGCUCCGCGCUCGCCGCGCCGCCUCCUGCGUGGGCCGCCCCUUCCAGGGCGGUCUCGGCGCGCCGAAGAGAGAGAGGGGCAGCGGGCGGCGCGCGGCUCAUCCUCGGCUUCGUCGGCGGCGCGGACGCAGCAGGCAGAGAACCAUUUGCUUGAGGGCUUUGAUAUCAGAACUUUGGAGAGAUACUAUUGUCAUGGCGGGGACCAUUAAGGGAGCUUCCAACUUCAGUGCUGAGGCAGAUGCCCAGAAACUCCGCAAGGCCAUGAAGGGGCUGGGCACAGAUGAAGACAUCAUCAUUGAGGUCUUGUGCAACAGGUCUUUGGCCCAACGGCAGGAGAUUAAGAUGAUAUACAAAGCCACGAUUGGCCGGGAUUUGAUUAAUGAUUUGAAAUCUGAGUUGAGUGGGAAAUUUGAGAAGGUGAUCGUUGGACUGAUGACCCCCAUCACGCUCUAUGAUGUGGAGGAGCUGAAAAGAGCCCUAAAGGGGGUUGGCACAGAUGAGGGCUGCCUGAUAGAAAUCUUGGCUUCUCGUACCAAUGACGAAAUCCGAAGGAUUAACGAAACCUACAGGCACCAGUAUGGAACUAACCUUGAAGAAGACAUUGCCUCGGACACCUCCUCCAUGUUUCGGAGAAUCCUGGUGUCCCUAUCAACUGGCAACAGAGAUGAGAGCCACCAUGUUGAUGAGGGCCUGGUCAAGCAAGAUGCCCAGUGCCUAUAUGAAGCAGGGGAGAAAAGGUGGGGGACAGAUGAGGCCCAGUUCAUGACUAUCCUGUGUACAAGAAGCAGAAACCACCUAUUAAGGGUGUUUGAUGAAUACAAGAAUAUUAGUAACAAGGACAUUACAGAGAGCAUUAAAUCUGAGAUGUCUGGAGAUCUUGAGGAUGCUUUAUUAGCAAUAGUAAAAUGCAUGAGAAGUAAGACUGGCUACUUCGCAGAAAGGCUGUACAAAUCCAUGAAGGGUUUAGGGACAGAUGAUGACAUCCUCAUUCGAGUUGUGGUGUCCCGCUGUGAGAUUGACAUGAUAGACAUUAAGGCGGAGUUCAAGCGGAUGUAUGGAAAAUCCCUCUAUUCCUUCAUUAAGGAUGACACCUCGGGAGACUACAGAAAAGUUCUGCUCCAGCUGUGUGGUGGGGAAGACUAACAGCCGCACAGCUUCCUGCCUUGCUCUACAUCCGGGCAGCAUUUCUGGCACUACCUGGAGUGGAGGUCCAUGCUUUAAUUGAUGUGCUGGUUUUGCAUCAUGCUAACAAUGAAUUUGCCUGCUAGAAUAGAUAUUCAAAUAGGAUUGGAAAGGAGUUCUCCCCUGCUUGGUAGGUGGUAAAAUAGGGCGAAUGGUAGAUAUAUAUUAUAUAGGCAUCCUUGUACAAAGGCCACAAACGCUAUGUCUUGAAGGAUAUGCUAAGUGCUUUAUCAUUUUGCAUUAAGCAGCCUUUAGAAUACUAAAACUUUAUGGAUGAGCGGUGAUCGAUUUAACCCUGGGACCUUAGUGCAGCUGGUUUGAAUGCCCCAUAUGUAUUUGCUACACCCCAAUUCCCACAUGAAGAAAACUAGCCCUAUGGAGAGGAGAACUAUACGCUUAACUGAGGCUGCAAUCCUGUGUUGCUGACACAGCUGCGAAGAAAUCCCAAGGAUGACAGGGGCCGCUUACUUCAGACUUGACAUGUUUGGGCUGCUGCAUGCAUAAAUCUUGGGGGAAAGGCUAAUUUAGUAAAUCCAGAUACACCCAGUUCCAACCUGUUUUCAGUUCCAAGAGUGGGUUGGUGCUAGUACUCAUUUAGGUAUCAUAGUUCAUAGUGAGUUCAGUAAUUCUGCCCUUGCUAAAAUGAGCAAGGCCAGUUCCUACCUACUGGACCCUUAGAAACGUAAAGAUAAUUGUGGCACUUUAAAUUUAUUCUGGCAAAAGCUUUCAUGAACUACAUAGCCCACUUCAUCCGUUUGAGAUGGGCUUUUAGAAAGGGGACUCAUUCAUCCUAGAUGCCUUAUCUUCACGGUAGAUUCUCUCCUUUAGACAUUCUGCGAAUUCCAAGCUUUCUUUCAGUCAUUUACAAAUUGGGAGGGGGAUUACACAGAACUACAUGUAUGUCUAGCAUUAAGCAUGCAGUUUGAAAUAUCCUAUGAAAAAUUGUAGGCUGUGAGAACUUCCUCCACGUGGUGCGGGUAAUUCACAAGUUGUAAACAGCUUCAUUUGUAUAUCUGGAGUUGCAAACUGACACCAUUUUGUGCCUUUCCUAUAACUUGCCAGAAGUUAGUAUACUAACAAGUGACCUGGGUGACCUGUGACUGGGUGUCCUUUUUAAAACCAUUGAUCUAAAUCGCCCUUUAAUGGUGCCUUGGCUGUCAUGGGGGAAACAGUGCAGGUACAAAAGCUGUCCCUGGUGUCAAUAACAUGAAAGACGGAGAUAGCUCCUCUUUUUCUUUGUUUUUAAAGAAAGGUCAGGUAACCUUAGUGCAGAUUUGCCAUCUCAGGUUGUUUAGACUUAAGUUUCAUAAUUUAUGAGCUCAGGAGGAUCAAAACCAGCACACCUUCAGUUGGCCACCGAAACUUCUGUUGAAAUAGGACACUUUUUCAUCAGCAUGAAUGUUCAGGAGUUAAAUCACUGUAAAGCCGUUACAAAUAUCUGGUAUGUAACAGGAGAACAGUCCUCUGGUACAGCUGGUAAACAAAUGCUCUAUUCCCCACGGACGUUUAAAAUGACACUAUGCAGCUUGCUUUGCACUUCAAUAAACCAAAGGUCUACUACUUUGUGUUUAAA